AUGACGGAGACCACGAAGACGACGCUGACCGUGGGGGUGCUGGCGCUCCAAGGCGCGUUUGAAGAGCACAUGGCAAUGCUCGAGUGUCUGAACGAAACGCUUGGCCACCGUAUUGCGGUGACGGCUGUUGCCAUUCGUCUACCUGAGCAGCUCAAGAACGUGGAUGCACUCGUUCUGCCUGGUGGCGAGAGCACGACGAUUGGCAAAGUGGCUGUGCGCUGGGGCCUUGUAGAGCCUCUGAAGAAAUGGGUGCAUGAUGGUCGUCCCAUUUGGGGCACGUGCGCUGGUAUGAUUAUGCUCAGCCAGCACGCCAAGCACACAGAAGAGGGUGGCCAGACGUUGAUCGGCGGUCUCGACGUCCAAGUGUCGCGGAACUUUUUCGGUGCACAAGUCCACAGUUUUGAGAUGCUGGUUGACGGUCCACCGGGCUUGAACGACCAACCGUACAACGCUGUGUUUAUCCGUGCACCCGCUAUCAUCUCGGUUGGCGAGGAGAUCGAGGUGCUCUCUCGUGUAGCUACUGCUACGCCAGCAGACGGGUCGGACCCGAAAGACGUGAUUGUUGCCGCGCGGAAGGACAAUAUCCUCGUCACAGCCUUCCACCCGGAGAUCACGACCGACACGCGCUGGCAUCAGUACUUUAUUGAGACGAUUGUCCUGCCUCGACUGCUGUAG